AAGCAAAUUUUCUAAUUCUAAAUCCAGAUUCUGAUAGUAAAAAUGAAAUGCAAAAACUUGAAGGAUUAAUUGACUAUUUACCAGAAAAUGAUCAUUUUACCAUAGAUGAUUAUAUUCAUAUUGAUAAUAAAUUUGAAGGUGGAAUUACUGAUAAAGAAAUAUUAAAGAUAAUAAUAAAUAAAAAGGAUGAGCUUAUAGAUAUUUUUGUUAAUGAAACAGAUGAAACAAUAAAAGAAGUAAAAAG